AUGAAUUCUCUAAAAAAAAAGAAGCAAGAUAUACUUUGGGGGAAAAAAUGGAGAAAUCUUAUACAGCAAAAAGCAAUUAAAGAAGAGAUGAAUAAGCAACUAAAGGCAUCUUUAGAAAAGCAAAAGCAAGAAGAAGAAGAGAAGGAGUGCACCUUUAAGCCGCAGACACUGUGGAAUCAAAGCUUUAAAAAAACGAUUUCUUUUGUGGACGAAUUUUUCGUUAAAUUGAAACCUUACAUAGAACUACAACAGGCAUAUCUAAAUCAUUUAAAGGAGCUUGAACAUGAUGAUCUAAUAUUUUCCCAAAAUAUUAAAGACGAAUUGAGGGUAAUGCUGUCAAAAGCAAUUGACAAGGAAAUCAUGGAAACGAUCAUUGAUGGCUACAAAGGAGUUAGAACAAGGGGAAUGAACAAAGUAAAAAGAGAAAAGUUAGAUAUACUUUCAAAGAUGAUAAAACUUGAAAGGGAGUACAACUGUUUUAUGGCUAGAGAAAAUGUAGAUAAGAAAGAUUUAGAAGAGUGUGGGUUUGAUUGCGAUCUAGCAGCUAAGUUAAGAAAUGAUAUACUAAAAGAUUCUUUAUGUCCAAAUUCGUUGAGAGAUUUUGCAAAAAUAAGGCAAGAGAUAAACCAAGUAUUAGAAGAGGAAUUAAGAAUAAGAGAAAAUGAAAAUGGGAAUGGAAGUGGAAAUGAGAGCGCAAACGAAAAUGAAAAUGAAAAUGAAAACGAAAAUGAAAACGAAAACGAAAAUGAAAACGAAAAUGAAAACGAAAAUAAUGCAUAUAGUGAAGCAUAUAAUGCAUAUGAUGAACUAUUAUCUAAAGAAAAUAAUAACGACACUACACAAUAUUAUAAUGGCUUAAUUAUUUCAACGAAUGAAUCAGAAGAAAGCAUAAACCCAAUUAGUAACAACGCAGUAGAGAAUACAUACUCUCGUAAUGAAGACUUAAGCGAAAGACGUAGGAAGCAUAAUAUAGUAGUGAAUGCUAAUAGUAGUAAUAAUAGGAACAAUAAUGGUAAUAGUAAUAGUAAUAGUAGUAAUGGUAAUAGUAGUAAUGGUAAUAGUAAUAAUGGUAAUAGUAAUAAUCAGCAUGAGGCAACAAGGACAAAUGAAGCAAAUUUCAUAAAAAACAUUAAUAAUGAAUACAUUAUAUAUGAGAAACAGAAAAUGAUGCAUCUGGACCAGCGUAAUAAUGAUAAAGUUGGGGAUCACUAUAUAUACAAUAAUCAGCAAGGGAAAAAUAAAGAAAGUGAAAAUAAGGAUAGAGGCAAAACGUUUUAUCGGGGAAGCAGUCAUCUGGAUCAUAGUACUACUGUUGAACCAGGCAAACAGGUAAUGAACGUACACGCAGUACAGUACACUAAUGCCACAUUUAACGAAAUGCAAGAAGGAUCUAAUAAUCAAACACAAGCAUUAAGAUGGGAACACACUAACUUACACAAGGAUAGUAACACACAAGACUUACAUCAUGGAGGUAGUAGUAAUAGUGAAAAAAAAAUUAGGCAUAGUAAUAAAAACGUUUACUUGAACAGUAAUUAUAUGAAAGCAUUGAAGAGUGAAGACGCCAACAGAUAUGUUUCCUUUUUGCAAAAGGAUUUGAACCACAUCAACGUCAUAAUAAUGGGAAGUAGCGGUAAUAGCGGUAAUAGCGGCAAUAGCGGUAAUAGCGGCAAUAGCGGUAAUAGCGGCAAUAGCGGUAAUAGCGGCAAUAGCGGCAAUAGCGGCAUUGGCGGUAUUGGCGGUAUUGGUGAUGGCACUGGCAUUAGUAUCAGCGAAAAUUUUAACAACCCCACCGCCAAUAAUCCAGAGAAAAUCAACAACUUACGCUGUAUAGAUAGAAGACCCAUACAUGCAAAUGAAAAAAAUAUGAACAGUGCAGGUAAUUUUGAUCAAUUGCAAAAAACAGGUUUUGUCCAUAAACGUUGUACACCUAUGGAGGCAAUAAAUGUGGGUGUAAAUACAUUAAGGACGGAUCAAUCUAAAAAUAUGAUUGAUGAGAAAAAUAAAUAUUCACCCCAAAAUGUAAAUAAUAAAAAUGAUGGUUUUUUCCGUUCUCUAAGACAUAAUUUUCCCAAUACUGACAAUAAUAGUUUAUACAUUGAAGAAAAAGUUGAACGUAAGAAUACAAGAUGUAUUGAUAAAAAUAUAUAUAAUAUUAAAACUGCUAAUAAUUUUUAUGAUUUCUACCCGAACAUGAGUUAUAAUAACAGUUGUGGUAGCAAUAAGGGCGGAAGUAUUAAUGGAGGAAGUAAAAAUGGAGGAAGUAUUAAUGGAGGAAGUAAAAAUGGAGGAAGUAAUAAUGGCGGCACUAAUAACAAAGGAAGUAAUAAUGGAAGUAGUAAUAACAGCAAAAGCAAAGGCGAUCAUGGUAAAAAUGCGCAUAUUAUUUAUAACAUGAGUCCAUAUUACACAAACAAUGCUAUGAUUGACUAA